AUCACCCACAGGCGGCAGGAUGGCGAUCGAUCCGGCGGUGGAGCGUUCAGCUCAGAGGGAGAUUUGUGAGGAGGACCUGAUCACACAGCAGAGCUGAGGCCCAGUCUGCGCUUCCAGAAGGGCUCUGGCAUCAUGAACAGAGAUGAUGCAAUGGAGCAUCAAAUGCUGUUGACAUUUUCACAACAACAUUUGAAAACUGUCCAUUUUCCUCUUGGCUGACAUUCCUGAAGAAGAACAUCAUGGCUUUUUGCAACGAGAGCCUGCUGGAGGAUUGUCACUUCAUGGAGCCAGAGCUGGAGGAAGUGGCAGAAAGCCUGCCGUCGGCGGGCAAGACUCCUCUCAUUUCGGUCACGCUGCGCGUGAGCCUGGCAGCUGUGAUGAUUUUCAUGAUUGCUAUUGGUUUUCUUGGCAAUGCGAUUGUGUGUCUGAUAGUUUACCAGAAACCAGCGAUGCGUUCUGGGAUCAACCUCCUCCUGGCGACGCUGGCCUUCUCGGACAUCAUGCUGUCCCUGCUCUGCAUGCCCUUCACCGCCAUCACCGUGGCCUCUGCGGACUGGACCUUUGGCAGCAAGUUCUGCAGAGCGUCCAUCAUGUUGUAUUGGCUCUUCGUCCUGGAGGGGGUGUCUAUCCUCCUCAUCAUCAGCGUGGACCGCUUCCUCAUCAUAGUGCAGCGGCAGGACAAGCUGACCCCGCACCGAGCGAAAGUGCUGAUCGCGGGGUCGUGGGUGUUGAGCCUGUGCGUUUCCCUGCCAUCAGUGGUCGGUUGGAGGACGGGUGCGGUGGGUGUCGGUGGUGUUUGGGCGCCCCAGUGUGUACUGGGAUACAGUGAGUCGCUGGCGGACCGUGGGUACACAGUGUUACUGGCUGUGGCAGUAUUUUUUGUGCCAUUUGCAGUCAUGCUGUACUCCUACAUGUGCAUCCUCAACACAGUGCGCCGUAACACCCUGCGCAUUCACAACCACACCACUGAGCACUCCUGCCUGCCAGCCCUCAACCAGGUCAGCAAAAUGAGGCUCACUGGGCUGCAACGGCCACCUCCCAUCAAGGUGGACAUGAGCUUCAAAACCAGAGCCUUCACCACCAUCCUCAUCCUCUUCGUUGGCUUCUCUGUGUGCUGGCUGCCUCACACAGUGGUCAGUCUGCUGGCAGUGUUCAGCCGACAGUUUUACUACAGCCCUGUCUUCUAUCCGGUCAGCAUCGGGGCCCUGUGGCUGAGCUACCUGAAGACGGUCUUCAACCCCAUCAUCUACUGCUGGCGGAUCCGGAAGUUCAGAGAAGCCUGCCAGGAGUUUAUUCCCAAAAGCUGCAAACUGUGUCCCCGCGUGGACAGGAGCCACAGGCGCGUCCGACCCAGCAACAUCUACGUGUGCAGUGAGACCCAGUCAUCAGUGUGAAACAACACUCUUCAGAACUGUGGGUUCACUUUGUUAUGAUGCACUGAUGAACAUAGAUCGGUGGAAACAUUUACAGCUGUGACUGAGGCUGCUAACAGACGUGAAAUGUGUUCUUAGGGGCAUUUUUCUAAUGACAUAAAGAAAAUGACACUCAA